AACAAAAUUAAAUUCGCGGGGAAUUCAAAAUUUUGUUGUCACGUCAAAAUCUGUAUAAGUUAAUAAGAGCCCAAUAAUCGAUAAAAAAAUCCCAGUAUAUCGUAAAGAAAUCCCAGUAUAAGGUUACUCGUGACUCACGAUAAAUAACAAACAAAAUGAUGUUUUUGCUGCGCUCAGCUGUUAAUGGAAUCUCUAGUGGCGUUCGCAUCCAAAUUUAUAAACAAACUGCCACAAUGGCUUAUUAUGCAGUAGCCAAGGGACACCAGGUAGGCAUCUUUGAUACCUGGUCAAAAUGCGAGGAGCAGGUGAAGGGUUUUAAAGGAGCUGUUUAUAAAAAAUUUAAAAGUCGCCCAGAGGCCGAAGAUUUUAUAGGAGCCAAGGCUUCUUCUAGUAGUAGAGCUAACUAUAAACCACAGGAAAUGGCUGUUCCAUUGGGACAGAAGGAGCCACCACCCAAACAAUGGAACAAGAAGACGGAAAAUAAAACAUCCGCAAAGGUGGAUUGGCCUGAUGAGGAACUUGAGGAUCAUUGGGCCAAAAUGAUGGAUCAACUAGAAGGAUCAGGAGGGACAGCAUCUAACUCAGAACAUGAGGAACUUAUUACUGAAGAUGACUUGGUGGGCGGAGAAAAACUACCGAAAAGAGGAUAUAUUUUAACUGAAUAUAUAUUGCAGAUUGCCGUUAUGAAUGAAGUUGAAGGAAUUCCCAGUCGGAAGCGAAAAAUUGAUAAUGAUGGACCAAGCACGUCCAAGUUACCGCGACAUUCUUCACAAGUCUUGGAAGCAGUUGGUCGCAAGCAUAUAGGACAAUUCGAAUUUGAGAUCGAUGCGCAGGGAUUUGUCAUUGUCUAUACAGAUGGCUCAUGCCUAGGCAAUGGUCGCAAGGAUGCAUGUGCCGGCUUUGGCGUCUACUUCGGUGACAAUCAUAAACUGAAUGCCGGCAAGCCUGUGCUUGGACGCGUUACCAACAAUGUGGGUGAAAUUCAGGCUGCUAUCUAUGCCAUCAAAAUCGCCAAAGAUCUGGGCAUUGAAAAGUUGUGCAUAUGCACCGAUUCCCAAUUUCUCAUUAACUCCAUUACAUUGUGGGUGAAGGGCUGGAAACGUCGUGGUUGGCGCUUGGCAAACAGUCAGCCAGUGAAAAAUGUGGCUGACUUUAAGGAAUUGGAUGAACUGCUGGAGACUGGCGAUGUUCAAGUUUGUUGGCAGUAUGUCGAGGCCCACAAAGGCAUCCACGGCAACGAAAUGGCUGAUAAAUUGGCACGACAAGGUUCUGCCCUAUACAGGCAACUAAGUCAGAAAUAGAUUUUAUUGUAGGUUCUAAUAAGUGUAACGUUUUAAAUUUAAGCGCCAAUUUCUACUUUAUAAACUGUCAAUAAGUUGGCAUCACCGUAAAUAAAUUAUAAUAAGUUGGCAA